AUGCGGGAGCCGCCUGCGGAAUGGGAGUGGCGGUUGGGGACGCAGCCUUUGACUGAGAUCUGGGAUAUGGGCUAUAGAGAGUUGCGGGAUGUGCAGAUGCCAUUCAGAGCUGGUGAUGUGAAGGACUUUGUGAAGGAGCUCAAACGAACGGACCAUAAGAUUGAAAUGCGACAAAAGCGACUAGAUAUGAUGGCGAAAAAGCUUGCUGCAAAACCUGAUUCAGAGGAAGCAGCAAAGCCAGCGGAAGAUGUUGCGAUGCCACCGGUUGAGCCACCGCCAAAGCCAACCGAUGAGAUUCUUAUUGAGCUGGAAGAGAGUAAACACAGGACGGCAUGGGUUGCGCUGCGAGCAGCCCGUGAAGUGCAUUUGCAACAUUUUGGGAAGAUAGGAACGGGGGACAUUGAGUUGUUGUUGAAGGAGAUCGAGAAUGAGAGCGAGAACGGGAAGCAGGUGCCAGCCUCGUCUACCUCCACAGAUGCGGGCGAUGUCGGAUCUGGUAGUCCGAUGACCAACCCCCGGACCGUAGGGGAAGAUGGUGAUAUAAAAAUGAGAGAUCGAUAG